UAAUUUUAAAAAAAGGAAUCACUGAGAGUGUACUUUACUUGUACUUUGUUAAUUAAUUGCAUGUCUUGUAUGUUUUAACCCCUUAGGGUUAGAAAGAACAAUUGUCCCUCGCAGCUUCCCGUACAUAAUCUGCUGUUUUGUUGACACUUUUCUCCAUCAGCUGACUGCCCGCUGAGAGACGAUGAGCAGCUCCGUACAGACUGACCUCCUCGGCUUAAUUUUCUACGGCGAACAAUCGGCAGAUUUCAGGAAGCCUCUCUUUCAUGCUGAGGAGAGCAGCAGCUGGGAAUGGCCGCUGUUUGCUAACGAGUUAUUGACCAUUAGCCAGCUAGCAGCUUAAGCUCCCAGCUAACAUCCACUUUCUUUAACCCGAUGUUUGGAGAAGUCAUGGAGGGCAUUUUAUACAAGUGGACUAAUUAUAUGACAGGCUGGCAGCCGCGCUGGUUCAUCCUGGAAGACGGCGUGAUCUCGUACUACGACAGCGAGGACGAUGUCGCGAAAGGCAGCAAGGGAUCCAUCAAGAUGUCCGUGUGUGACAUUAAAGUCCAUCCCACAGACUCGACUCGCCUGGAGCUGAUCAUUCCCGGUGAGCAGCAUUUCUACGUGCGAGCUGUUAACGCUGCAGAGAGGCAGAGGUGGCUGGUGGCGUUGGGAUCCUCCAAAGCUGGAACUCUGGAAAGCCACAAACACAGAGGUUCAGACUGUCUGAAAACCAAAAUGUCUGAACUUCGUCUGUACUGUGACCUCCUUGUCCAGCAAGUCCAGACGAUCCAAUCACAGCACAGUGCAGACGCAGAAGCCCCGCCCACUUCAGAUGCCUCGUUGCUCAGUGCCACCUGUGAGACGUUCAUCAGGACUUUGGAGGAGUGUAUGAGCCUAGCCAACCAGAGUUUGACCCCUGACCUCCGACCUCCUGAAAGGAUGAAGCGCUCCAUCAGCCACCCUGGUACAUACAGCUUUGACAGGUCAGGCGUACUAAAGGAGUAUGUGAGUGGAGGUCAGAGGUCAGCUCCACGCAGACAUCGGACGUCCUCCGACAGCUCCGUCUAUGAGACUGAACGUUUGCUGCCGACUCUGAACGGCGAUUCGUCCUCCAUCCCAGAGGAGAGGGGAGGGAGCGCGAGCCCGAAGACCACGCCCACAGACACAGACACCGACCUGUCCAUCUGAACACCCGACGCCCGACGGGGUGGACAGGAAGGAAAGGUCAUCUUGGUCUAGGAUUUUUAGGAUCGUCCCUCAGAACCUGCUGAGCUCUUCAGAAUCAUUCAGUUUCUUUCCGUCAGUGGUUCAUUCACACUCUGGAGAGGUGGGACUCUUUUUGGGAGGUGGGGUGCCACCGCGCCGUUCCAGAUGAACGGUAGAAACCCGGGUCCCUUUUCAGUGCUACCCCAGCUGGUCCUUCCAGGCAGCUCUAUGUGAACACAAUGAACUGUGAAUUACUGGGUUUUGGACAUGUGCUGCUUUAAAAGGACCCCAGAAUGUAAAUCUGUCGGUUGGGAUGUUUUAGUGGCUCUGAUGGUGGAGUCUCUUUGGAUGGUAGAACUCCAUCUCCAUCUGUGACGGCUCUGAUCUCAAGCUGUUCCUUAUAGAACAACCUCAUUGACUAAUUCAAAUGGACUUUCCUCCACAGACCUCUGCCAUUUGUCUGACUGCUUCAUCUCAUUACUACGGUGAAGUGAAUCCUACAACUGAUUGAUGUUUCUUUAAACUGACCUCAGUUUACAAUUAUUCACCCAAAUUCCAUUGUUGGUGAGCAGGUCCAGUCCUGAGGAGGUGGACGAGCCGCAGUUGGGUCAGAUGAAGGGAGCUGACUUGUUACUGACAGCUUCAAUGUGAACAUGUGGUAGAGUUUUGCUUUGGUAGUAUUUGCAUUUUGCAUUCACUGUAUUUUAUUGGUGGAUUCCAGGCCAGUCUCACUCCAAGACCAUGAUGAAACUGAUUUUUAUUUUAUUUUUUUAAUGAAUGUCUGUUGGGAACAGAUUUGUUGAAGAGGUGGUAAAACUGGUGGGUUCUGGUUUACUGUAAGUCUGUCUUUAACUGUUCUGAUGUUACAGAGUCUAGAUGUAAAACUUUAACUGGGACAUUUUUACUAAAUUGCAAAAGUAGGAAGUGAUUUUGUUUGUAGCUUUGUUCCAACAACAUGACUAUUUGUACCUAACAGUGCAACUUUUUUUGUACCUGAUUUAAACAACUGAUGAUUUUAAGUCGUUUUCUACCAUUGACCUGCAGUCUGCUGUAAGGACACGUAGGUCUGCAACUCCAAUAAAAAAUAUCUGCAGUUAUUUGGGUUUAAUCAGAUGUCACAAUCUUUUAUUUCUUAGGGAUCAACUGAAUCAAAGAGGGAUGAGAACCAAGAUAAACUCAUGGAAACACUGAACUGCAGAUAAACCAAGAUGGAAAGUUAUGAUGAUUAAUAAUACUGAGACAUCACCAAACUGACAAAACACAGAGCUGGAGUUUAAUUGGUUUAAGGCACUGAAGUGAUUAGGUAUGAUGCCUUCUAUAAUGAUUCUUGGUGUUAUUGUGAUGCUAGAAAACCUUCAACCACUAGGUGGCACCAGAGUUGAAGUGCUUGAAUCUUGUCAGCACAAUGAGCAGCAAUACUUUCCACCCUUGCAGCUUCAGCAGCUCACCGCUGUCCACAUCUUCAUCAAAGCAGUAGAAAAAUAAAAAUAACAGACUGGUUGGAGAAAACCCUUAGCUUUCCUAAAUGACAUAGUUACUCUUCUCUUUCACUUCUUGAGAGAUGCUCAGAAUGUCCCAUCUUCUACCAAUUAUCUGCUGGAGAUGAGCCACAUUGCUCCUGUAAAGUCUAAACUUCAGCAGAUGUAGAAAAUGUUCCAAACAUUUCGCCAUUACAGAUUAUAGUGAGGGAUUCUUCAUAAAUCACAUCACCCUGUCUGUAUGUUCAUAAUUAUACCUAUAUGUAUCUUAUAAAAUGUUUUAGACUAUUUUAAAGUCAUAGUCCAACCUUUAAAAAAUGUGAUUCUGAACAUAAAUAACAGAAACUGAAUGUAGAAGAUCUCUGAAAUGAUGUGGUUGUGGUUUCAUCUUAAGUUGUACAACAACUAUUUUUUUUCCUUUUUGUUUUUUCUAUCUUACAGUGAUUGGUUCUCAGAUCUCCAUUGUCAGGAUUAGUUCAGCUGGUUCUCAGAGGACUUUGCUCCUACAUGAAGCAGGAGCUGCAGGGUUUGAGGUGUGAUCCGUUCUGGUGAUCCUCAGUAGAUCACAGGAGUCUAAACUAUUUCAAAUGUUUGUUUUAUGUAGAAGCAGGUCAGUCCUGGAGGCCCUGUGUGCCAUUGAUGGUCAUUGCUGCAUUGAUUUGGUGUGGAAUGUUUAAGCUGCGUCUUCAUGACUUAUUUUCUGUUGUGGAACUUAACAUGAAGUAAUAAAAACCUGUGGUAUUUUUUCUGUGACUACGAUUUUUGAUCUGUCUGCAUGCGCCUGACUGACGGCUGUAAGUUUACUGCUUGUUACCAACAGACGCACAUUUUACACUCAUGUAAAGAAAUCAUGUGGAAACAGAGAAAAAAAACUAUCUUACCGGAUAGUCACAAAAACUCUCAAAUCUUAACUCAUGCCAAAAUUUGAAGCUGUUGUAUUUUUAUAUUUUCUUGGGCAGACACUUAAAUAUCUUAAAGUCAUAUAUAUGUCUCCACACAAAUUCACCACAGCUUGUAAUUUUUCCACAGGCAAAAUGAAAGUAUUCAGUAACCAUGUAUAACCUUCUCCAACAUAAAGUCUGUAAAUGUGGUCAUUUUUUACUUUAAAGUGAUUCUGUCAGUGUUAAGGCUCUGAAAGUGGAUUAACAGUGACAACUUUACAAUGUGACGGAUUAUUCUGAUUAUCAUAUAGGUGUCUGGAACUUCAUGAUCUCUGUAACAGGACGUUUCUUUAAAUUCAGUAGAAGCAUUUAUACUGAAUUUCUAUUUGAUCACGGAUUCAAGUCUGUGAUCAGAUCAGUUUAAACGCUGCUUCUUAAUUUUCUGUUGCUGACUAACAUUGUUUGUCACAUCAUGAUGAAACAUUUUCAUAUUUUACUCAUAAGAGCAUCAGCUAAGUGAUAAUACCCAUCAGGUUUCAUUAAUCUGAUUUAGCCAGAUCUUGUUUGAACAUGUGAAGAGUGUGUAUGAAAAUAAAAUAAGGAUAUUAGAAGAAAGUUCUAUUGUAUUAAAAUAAAUCUAAUUUUAAGAUGAGCCAUCUUGGAAUUACAAUCUUAAUUCUUAGAGAUUUUUUUAUUGCAAUGUUUAAUCAGUGUUUACUUUGGAACCAAAGGAAAUAUUCCUUACACUUGUAGUUUUUACAUUUGUUGGGUAAAUAAUCAGUGCAAUUCUCUUAAUGUGGAUUUUACUCAGCUCAGUCUCCACAAUGUCAGACUAAAGUUGAAGUAAAUGGUUUUUGAUUUUUAUAUUUAUAAAGUAGAAAAAUGUAAUUCAUCUCUUGAAUUCCUUUUAUGUUUUUAUGGUUAUGUUAGCCAAAUAUCAGGAUCUGCCUUAAGAGCUGCACAGAGCUACAUGUGGUUGUAUCACAUCUGAUUUUUAUUGUCUGAAUAAAGUUUGUGAAGCUGA